GCCGGGGCCCGCGCGCGUGCCCGCGGCCGGGUUGCAGGGUUGGGCGCGCGCCCCGCGCCCGGGCAGGAAGAUGGUGGCGAGCGCACGGGUGCAGAAGCUUGUGCGGCGUUACAAGCUGGCGAUCGCCACGGCGCUGGCCAUCCUGCUGCUGCAGGGCCUGGUGGUGUGGAGCUUCAGCGGCCUGGAGGAAGAGGAGCUGGGCGAGAAAGGACGGCAGAGGAAGCCCCGGCCCCUGGAUCCCGGCGAGGGCUCCAAAGACACCGACAGCUCUGCAGGGCGACGGGGCAGCGCAGGCAGAAGGCACGGGCGCUGGCGGGCCCGUGCUGAGGGUCCGGGCGUGCCCGUGGCCAAGGUUGUGCGGGCAGUAACCAGCUGGCAUAGAGCCAGUCGUCGGGUGCCCCCUGCCCCACCCCCAGAGGCUCCGGGCCGCCAGAACCUGAGUGGGGCGGCAGCUGGGGAGGCUCUGGUAGGGGCAGCCGGCUUCCCACUGCAUGGAGACACAGGCAGUGUGGAAGGAGCCCCCCAACCCACGGAUAACAACUUCACCCCCAAGUGCGAGAUUGUGGGCAAAGACGCCCUGUCUGCACUGGCCCGGGCCAGCUCCAAGCAGUGCCAGCAAGAGAUUGCCAAUGUGGUGUGUCUGCACCAGGCCGGGAACCUCAUGCCCAGGGAGGUGCCUCGGCAUUGCAAGCUGCCUGGAAAGAUGAGCCCAGGCAUCCAGUGGGAUGAGAGCCGGGCCCAGCAACCCAUGGAUGGCCCCCCUGUGCGCAUUGCCUACAUGCUGGUGGUCCAUGGCCGGGCCAUCCGCCAGCUGAAGCGUCUCCUCAAGGCCGUCUACCACAAGCAGCAUUUCUUCUAUAUCCACGUGGACAAGCGGUCCAACUACCUGCACCGGGAAGUGGUGGAGCUGGCCCGGCACUAUGAUAACGUGCGGGUCACGCCCUGGCGCAUGGUCACCAUCUGGGGCGGGGCCAGCCUGCUGAGGAUGUACCUGCGCAGCAUGCAGGACCUGCUGGAGGUGCCCGGCUGGGCCUGGGACUUCUUCAUCAAUCUCAGUGCCACCGACUACCCUACCAGGACCAAUGAGGAGUUGGUGGCCUUUCUGUCCAAGAAUCGAGACAAGAAUUUCCUCAAGUCGCAUGGCCGGGACAACUCCAGGUUCAUCAAGAAGCAGGGCUUGGACCGGCUCUUCCACGAGUGUGACUCACACAUGUGGCGACUGGGGGAGCGGCAGAUCCCAGCAGGCAUCGUAGUGGAUGGCGGCUCUGAUUGGUUCGUGCUGACACGAAGCUUUGUGGAGUAUGUAGUGCGCACAGAAGACCCUCUGGUGGCCCAGCUUCGCCAGUUCUACACCUACACGCUACUCCCAGCUGAGUCCUUCUUCCACACAGUGCUGGAGAACAGCCAGGCCUGUGAGAGUCUUGUGGACAAUAACCUGCGGGUCACCAACUGGAAUCGCAAACUAGGCUGCAAAUGCCAGUACAAGCACAUUGUGGACUGGUGUGGCUGCUCCCCCAACGACUUCAAGCCCCAGGACUUCCUCCGGCUACAGCAAAUCUCUAGGCCCACCUUCUUUGCCCGAAAGUUUGAGUCAACCGUGAACCAAGAGGUUCUAGAAAUCCUGGACUUCCACCUGUAUGGCAGCUACCCACCUGGCACACCAGCCCUCAAAGCAUACUGGGAGAACAUGUAUGACACAGCUGACGGCCCCAGUGGGCUCAGCGACAUCAUGCUCACCGCCUACACCACCUUCGCUCGCCUCAGCCUGCGCCAUGUUGCCACUGCUGUGCCCCCAACAGCCACCUCACUCUGCAGGUUUGAGCCCCGGGGCUUGCCGUCCAGCGUGCACCUGUAUUUCUAUGACGAUCAUUUCCAGGGCUACCUAGUGACGCAGGUGGUGCAGCCCUCAGCCCAAGGGCCGGCAGAGACGCUUGAGAUGUGGUUGAUGCCCCGAGGGUCGCUGAAGCUGUUGGGGCGCAGUAACCAGGCCAGCCGGCUCCAGAGUUUAGAGGUUGGCACGGAGUGGGACCCCAAAGAGCGUCUUUUCCGGAACUUUGGGGGAUUGCUGGGGCCGCUGGAUGAACCUGUGGCCAUGCAGCGCUGGGCCCGGGGCCCCAACCUCACAGCCACCGUGGUGUGGAUUGACCCCACCUAUGUGGUGGCCACGUCCUAUGACAUCGCAGUAGACUCGGAGACUGAGGUCACACAGUACAAGCCCCCGCUGAGCCGACCUCUGCGGCCAGGGGCCUGGAUUGUUCGGCUGCUUCAGUUCUGGGAGCCUCUUGCUGAGACCCGCUUCCUCGUGCUGCCCUUAACCUUCAACCGCAAACUACCUCUCAGGAAAGAUGAUGCCAGCUGGCUACACUCCGGGCCACCCCACAACGAGUACAUGGAGCAAAGUUUCCAGGGCCUGAGUAGCAUUCUGAACCUGCCUCAGCCAGAGCCAGCAGAGCAGGCUGCCCGGCGGCAUGCAGAGCUCACGGGUCCGGCACUCGAGGACUGGACAGAUGGGGAACUGAGCGACUUCUGGUCUGUGGGGGGACUGUGUGCCAUGGGCCCCUCUGUCUGCCCUUCCCUGGAGCUCUGCAGACUGACCAGCUGGAGCUCCCAGUUUCCUGACCCCAAAUCGGAGCUGGGGCCUGUCAAAGGAGACGGGCGACUCAGGUAGCAGGGCCUCAGCGCCUCCGGGAGACCGGGGAAUUGCACCUUACAGACAAUGGAGGGGGGUCCCCCCGACCCCUCCUAUCCCGUCCCCAGACAGGAACCAGAGGGCAGGUGACACAGCACAUGAGCCAUGGAGAGCCACACAGACGGCAGGGAAGGCGGGUGGCAUAUUUACUACAGUGGAUGGAUGACCUGCUUGGGACUGCAGGGUGUGCAGGAAGGUGGGGAGAAGGGCUCCAGCAUUCCACACCCCAUUCUUCCUCUUCCCCUCCAAUGGUUUGCUUUGUUUUUUUUUUUUUUUUAAAGGAAAGUGGGUAGAAGGGGGAAGAACUCACACAAAAGAUGUGCAAUAGGGCUCAGAGCAGCCCGAGGAAGUGGGCCAUGGCUCUGGGGAGCAGGGGCCUGGCAAGCCCAUCUGCUGACACCCUGGAGGAGGCUGAGCCUGCCUUCUCUCCAGGGGUGUCCCCAGCCUGGGCCUGUGGUGCUCAGGGCUGAGGCUCUGCAGGGGUGCCGGUGCCAUGCCAGGCCCUGAAGCCCAGGGGACAAGUGAUUUGUGGGGAGCACUGCAGAGCUGGCCUCUAGCGGACAGCCUCUCUUGGCCACGGGGCUGCAGAAGAGGGUGGGCAGGGCUGGCUCUAGGGCUUUCCAGCAUCCUUUACCCCCUGGUGGGAAAGGCAGGCACCAGGGCCUGCUAAACCCAAUGCAGAGUCUCCCAGGUACCCAGAACUGCAAGCAGGGCCUGGGCUCCCCCCCUGGAGGGAUGAGCCCUCAUGAGCAGUGUGGGGAGAAGACUCUGGCAGGGCUCUCAGAAGAACCUGGGCAGCAUUGUGCCUGAAGCUCAGUGUGAAGUCUGAAAUAUGCAACAGAAGAAAUAAAUCUCUAUCUCUCUCA